AUGAAUUGCAAUUAUCACAUAAAAAAUCCAAUAUCAUUUAUAUGUGUUGCACCCCAUAUGUGUUCAUGCUUAAGGAAAUUGUGUGCCGAAUGCCAAUACGACCAUGGAGUUAAUGUUAAACAAACAAUUCCGAUAAAUAAAUUUUAAGAUAUGGCUAUCAAGAAAUUAAAAGAUUCCAAGCUUGAUGAGUCUUCUGAGUUAACAAAAUAGAGAAUUGCUUUUAAAUCCUUGAUCUCUCAAACCGAAUUAAUGCUCAAGAAAAUUUGGGAAGAAUUAUCACAAUCAAUCAAGUAAGGAUAUGAUUGGAUUGAAAAGGAAAAUUAUUCAUUCCUGAAUCUCAUCAACGAAAAUACUAAUUUAGCAGAAUCCUCCUACACUGAAUUAGAAAAAUUAGUUUAAAUUCUUGAAAGAACAACUUUAAACGAUUGGAAUGAUCAAAAAAAAUAUUAUUUUACUGAAUUAGAUAAGAUUAAGAUUUGGUGGGACUAUCAUAUAAAGGCUUUUAUCGAAAAGUCGAAGGAAGGAAUCCAAUUAUUUUAAUCAUUAAUCAAGUAAGUAAUUAAAUAUACUAAAGGAUUCAAACUUAUGAAUGGAAAGAAAAUUUAUAUGAGAUUAUCUCUUAAUCGAAAUAUAUUGAUACAUUGAUAUUUAGCCUGAUUAUUAAGAUGUUAAAUAAAGAAAAGAUUUCUGAUAGUAUCGGAUUCUUCGAUUAAAAUGAUAAUCAAAAGCUUUACUAAUAAUACGAAAAUGCAGAAGUGAAUUUAAGAGACAUGAUGUGGUCCAUUAAGUAACUUAAAAAAUUGAUGAAUAAUCUUAAUCAACAUGAAUUUAGUUAAAAUGAAUACUCGAUUUAUGGAUACCAAAAAAUUAGAUAAAAUCUUAUCCAAAAAAUAGAUUAAGAUAAGAAAAUCAUAGAAUUUUUAAAAUUCUUGGUUCACCUCACAGCUUUUGAUAGUAAGUUUAUUUAAUGUGGAUCAAAUGCACUUAAUCUAUUGGUGGAAAUGAAAGCUGAUCUUAAAAAUUAAGGCUUUGAAAAUAUCAGAAUCCAGAAUACUUCAGUUAUUGGUGGCAACUUUGCACAAUGCAAUUUUAGUGGAUCAUAAUUCUAUAAUGUAGACAUAAGUGGAGCCAAUUUGAAUGGCGCAUUGAUGUUUAAUUGUAAAUGGAUUAACUUAAAAAUACAUGAAUUGAAUAAAUUAGAUGGUCAUAGUGGGAGUGUGUAGUCAGUGUGCAUUUCUUCUGAUGGUACUACAUUAGCAUCUGGUAGUUAUGAUAAGUCGAUCCGUUUAUGGGAUAUAAAAACAGGAUAAUAAAAAUCCUAAUUUGAUGGUCAUAAUGAUUAUGUUCGAUCGGUUUGCUUCUCCCCUGAUGGUACUACAUUAGCAUCUGGUAGUGUAGAUAACUCUAUACGUUUAUGGGAUAUUAAAACAGAAUAAUAAAAAACCAAAUUGCAUGGACAUACAAAUACUGUCUUAGCUGUAUGCUUCUCUCCUGAUGGAACUACAUUAGCAUCUGGUAGUGUAGAUAGCUCUAUACGUUUAUGGGAUAUUAAUACAGGAUAAUAAAAAUCCAAAUUAGAUGGUCAUACUCAUUAUGUCUAUACAGUCUGUUUCUCUCCUGAUGGAAGUACAUUAGCUUCUGGUAGUAAUGAUAAUUCUAUUCGUCUAUGGGAUUUUAAAACAGGAAAAUACAAAACAAAAUUAGAUGGUCAUACUAACACUAUUUACUCAGUUUGUUUCUCUCCUGAUGGAAAUACAUUAGCCUCAAGUAGUAAUGAUUAUUCCAUCCGUUUGUGGGAUAUAAAUAAAGGAUAAUAAAAAGCAAAAUUAGAUGGUCAUACUAACACUGUCAACUCGAUCUGUUUCUCUCCUGAUGGAAUAACAUUAGGGUCUGGUAGUAGUGAUUAUUCUAUUCGUCUAUGGGAUAUAAACACAAGAAAAUAAAAAGCUAAAUUAGAGGGUCAUAGUGGUUAUGUUAGAUCGGUUUUUUUCUCUCCUGAUGGAACUACAUUAUCAUCUGGUAGUGAUGAUAACUCCAUCCGUUUGUGGAAUAUAUAAACAGAAUAAUAAAAAGCCAUAUUGGAUCGUCAUUCUAGCAAAAUUUUAUCGGUUUGUUUCUCUCCUGAUGUUACUAUAUUAGCAUCUGGUAAUAACGAUAACUCUAUCCGACUAUGGGAUAUUAAAACAGGAUAAUAAAAAGCCGAAUUGAUUGCUCAUAUUAACAACGUCAACUCUGUCUGUAUCUCUCCUGAUGGAAAUACUUUAGCUUCUGGUAGUGAUGAUUGUUCUAUCCUGUUAUGGGAUAUACAAACAGGAUAAUAAAAAGCCAAAUUAAAUAGUCAUACUAGCGAAAUUUUAUCGGUUUGCUUCUCCCCAGAUGGUACUAUAUUAGCAUCUGGUAAUAACGAUAACUCUAUCCGACUAUGGGAUAUUAAAACAGGAUAAUAAAAAGCCAAAUUGAAUGGUCAUAUCAAUAGUGUCAAUUCUGUCUGUAUCUCUCCUGAUGGUAAUACAUUAGCUUCUGGUAGUGAUGAUUGUUCAAUCCUUUUAUGGGAUAUAAAAACAGGAUAAUAAAAAGAAAAAUUAGAUGGUCAUAUCAAUAGUGUCAACUCUAUCUCUAUUUCUCCUGAUGGAAAUACUUUAGCUUCUGGUAGUGAUGAUUGUUCAAUCCUGUUAUGGUAUAUUAAAACAGGAUAAUAAAAAGCCAAAUUGAAUGGUCAUAUCAAUAGUGUCAAUUCUGUCUGUAUCUCUCCUGAUGGUAAUACAUUAGCUUCUGGUAGUGAUGAUUGUUUCAUCAUAUUAUGGGAUAUAAAUACAGGAGAAUAAAAAGUCAAAUUGGGUGGUCAUACUAAUACUAUCUAUUCUGUCUGUUUCUCUCUUGAUGGAUUUUUAUUAGGAUCUGGUAGUAGUGAUUACACUGUUCGUCUAUGGGAUAUUUAAACAGGAACAAACAAAACUAAAUUAGAUGGUCAUAUUAACAAUUACUAAUCAGUUUGUUUCUCUCCUUAUGGUAAUAUAUUUACAUUGGGUAGUGAUCAUGAGUCUAUCCGUUUAUGGGAUGUUAUAACAGGAAUCGAAAUUUAACCUGCUGAUAACAAUUAUAGAGAAGUUCUUGAAAAAAGUAAGACUCUAAUUUAAUAGAACAAUAGUAUUACAAAUUUUGGUAUUUAUUUUUAUUUAUUUAAGUUAAUUCUAAUAUUCCACUUCUCGUUUUAUCUACAAAUCCGUAUUUAUAAUCAAAUGGAACUUUAGUCUUGAAAGGAGAAUUUGUGACUUUUUAAGGAGAAGAUUUAAGGAUAUUAUUUCAAUAGAGAGGAAGUUAUAUUUUGGAUACCCUCGUAGAUAUUACUUAAAAGAAAAAUGAUAAUUGUGUAAUAUCAUGA